AGUUGUUACGUAGCCAUAACCUACGACAGUUGAUGAAUUCUUUUACUCAAAUAUAAAUUAUUAUUUAGAAAUUUUAAAUUUAAAAUGAAAAUGAGUUACUCUAAAUUAAAAAAUUCAAAUUUUUUAUUAAAGAAUGUAAGAAAGUGCAGCACCAACAUUUCAAAUAAACCAAAAAAAUGGAAUUCUGUCGUAGGUUUAGAAAUCCAUGCCCAAAUAUCAUCAGAUUCAAAAUUAUUCUCUGGUGCCAGUACCACCUUUGGAAAGCCAGUUAAUUCCUGCGUUUCAUUUUUUGACUGUGCUACACCAGGAACAUUGCCAGUUCUGAAUAGAAAAUGCGUCGAAGCAGGUGUUCUUACAGCCCUAGCUUUGUCCUGUCAAAUUAACGAAGUUUCUUUGUUUGACAGAAAGCAUUAUUUUUAUGCGGACUUACCAGCUGGUUAUCAAAUCACACAGCAAAGACAACCGCUAGCAGUGAAUGGGAGUUUAAAAUUUAAUGUGUACACGCCAGGUAUCCAUAAAAAGCCAUAUGAGAAGGUAUCAAAAAUAAAACAAUUGCAAUUAGAACAAGACAGUGGCAAAAGUCUACAUGACAGUUUCAUUGGUAAAAGUCUUGUUGAUCUAAACAGAGCUGGUGUGCCUCUGAUGGAACUAGUUUUUGAACCAGAUCUAGCUGACGGUGAAGAAGCCGCUAGUUUAGUUAAAGAACUAAUGAAUAUUCUCCAAAGAUUGGAUACUUGUUCAUGUAAAAUGGAAGAGGGUGCACUGCGAGUGGAUGCAAACGUGUCGGUAAAUAGACAAAAUGAACCAUUGGGUACUCGUACUGAAAUUAAAAAUAUUGGGAGCGUGCGUGCUGUUGCUGCUGCAAUUCAAUAUGAAAUAAAAAGGCAGAUAAAUUUAUUGGAGCGAGGAGAAAAAAUAGUUAAUGAAACUUUGUCAUGGGAUGCGGAAAACUACAAGACGGUUAUGAUGAGAGACAAAGAAGAGAAACAAGACUAUCGUUUUAUGCCUGAGCCUAAUUUACCUCCUCUGCGUGUUAAUCUUAAUGAUGACAACAAUAAAAAUAAUCUCGUUGACGUUCGUAGUCUCAAAUGUAAAAUACCGAGACUGCCUGCUGAAAUUCGUCAACAUUUUAUUGAUGAAUUGAAAUUAAUUCCAUUAAAUGCUAUUGCGAUUGUUAAUAACAUGAAAUUGACGGAAUUAUUUGAAGAUAUUAUAGCAGAAAAAAAUAGUAGAAGUCCUAAGAAUGUAUCGAAUAUUUUAUUGAAUGUGUUCAUGGAGUUUGUAAACGAAAAUAAUUUAAUGCUUGACAGUCUUACAAUUUCGUCAAAACAAUUGGGACAAAUUAUCGAUUUAUUGGAAGCCAAGAAAAUUAAUUUGUUGGUUGUCCCGAAAAUUUUUAGUGUAUUGAUUGAUAAUCCAGAAAAAAUGCCUGAACAAAUUGUGCACGAGUUUAAUUGGGCGCAAAUAGAUAACGAUGAAGAGCUGAUAAAAUUAUGCCAAGAAGUUUUUGAAGAAAAUCCGAAAAUGGUAACGCAGUACAAAAACGGUAAAGCAAAAGUACUAAAGGCAAUGCUGGGUGCGAUAGCUAAGAAAACAAAUAACCGAGCCAACAUGCAGAAAGUUUCAAAAAUGAUACCUGAAUUACUGAAGAAUGAUUAGGCUAAAUACCAAGAGUAUUUAAACUAUACAGAGCACUUUAUAUGACCACUCAGUACCGUUAUAAAUAAAACGAAGUUAUUUAUUUACUAGGAUUCUAUAUUUAAAAAAAUAUAUAUUAAAAUAUUCAUAAACGUUAAAGAUAUUGAAGGAAAAGAUAUUAACAAAUAAUUGGAUCUCCAUAAACAAUUAGGUCUCUCAGUAAGAUAAAAAAGGCUGAUUAUAAUUUCUAUAUUCACAUUAUCCUUUAUAAUUGACGUCACAAGUACAAAAUCAAGUGGAAAUAAAUAUUUGGUGAUACAAUAUUUAAUAUAAAUUUACCAUUUAAUUUACAAUUUAUCAAAGUAUGAUCAAAUCAGCCAAAUUGUGAUAUUAAAUAUUAAUUUUACAUUAACCACUACGUGGAUAAAAUUUAAAGCUACUUAUUAUUUUUUUGUUUACUUAUCUCUAAUUAAUAGAAUUAAAUAAAAAGUAUAAUUUAAUAUUUUAUUAACAAUACACAAUUUAAAUCAUUAGAUCAUUACCUUUUUUUUUAUUUAAAAUAUACAAAUCAUUUGUCAGUUCGUUAAUUAAAUUAUUUAUUUGACAAAUGAUUAAAAUACGUUCAAGCUAUUUAAUUAUAAGAUUGACUGGUGCAUUACACCUACAUUUAUUAUUAUUAUCAUUAUUUUUAUUAUUAUUAAUUAUUUAAGUUAAUUUCAGCAAUCCAUUGUACGACAACAAUAUAUAUUUAUGCGCUCGUUAUCCAUUGAACACACUUAAUACUAUUAUUUAUGAUAUAAAACACAUGAACAAUUAUGCAAUUCCAUUAAUUAACUUCUUAUCUACUUAAUGGUGUUACAAUAUCGAUCAUCGAUUAUUUAAUUCAUUUAUUUAUUUAUUAUAAUUCUUACGAUAAUUUUUUUUGACUCGACACAUUGAUAUAAUUAAUAAUAAAUAAUUUACAAAAAACAUUACGCGAAAAGUCUGCUCAUUAUCGUAAUUAUAUUAUCACGUUUUAUCAGCAGAGUUUAUUAAAAUAAUAAAUUACACACAAGACAAGUAGACAAAUGCCGUAAAAAUUUAUUUGUAUAAAAGCAUGUAUGUACUAGACUGUGACCGAUAAAAUCGUUAUUUUUUUCAGUUCUUUACUAAAUUAUGCUGUAUGUAACUUAAAAAAAAAUUAGGUACCAAUUUUUGCUCUUGAACUCAAUUACGAAACGCGCGCACAAUUUUAUAACUCGUUAACGGAUCAAUAAGUAAAUUCUCGUUUUUUUACUUCUCUAGUAAAACUAUGAAUCUAAUCGCAAAACGUCAUAGGACUGUUACUGUAGAUCAUUUUUUUUUUUGCAUUCAAAAUAUGAUUUAUUGAUUUAUUAAUCUCACAGUUCAAAAAUUUCAAGUUUUAUAAAUUAAUCGUUUCGAAAAUAAACUGAUAAUUUUCGUAAAAAAGCAACUUUUAAACGGUUAAAUUUAUCAGAAAAUUAUAAGAAACCUAUUUUUGUAGAGCUUUUAGCUCUCUACAAAAAAAAUAUUAUGGCCAUUUCAAUUCAUUGAUCCGUUAACGAGUUAUAAAAUUUCAAACUUUAAAAAAUUUUUCCCGCGUUUUUUUAAUGGGAAAUCUUAUUUCAGUGAGCGCACGUUUUGCAAUUGAGUUCAUAGGCUCGAAUUGGUAUCCAAUUUUACAUGACUCUUAAUGCGAAGCAUUAGUGUGCUUUACGAUCGAAAAAUUCAGUUUGCCUCCUUUUUUUAUGUUACAUUCAACAUAAUUUUCGUAUAGGACGGAAAAAAUGAUCUAUUUCAUUUUGCACCGUCUAACAUAUAUAUAUUUAUAAUUUAUUUAUCAAAUAUUGAUGAAUUUUAAAAAUCUUAUCAAAUGAUUGGCCAUUGGAAAUGUAUAUUGUCUCGUUAUAUAUUUUAUUUUCGUUACCUCUAAUGGUAUGGUGGCAAUGAUAGUAAUUAUUAUUUUUUUUUUUUAAUAAUUAAUUGCAGUCUUUAUUUUUUAUUAAAGGCCACUCUAGUAUAACGGAGUUCCACAUUUAUUAAACAAAUAUUGUAUAUAAUUUAUAUGAUACUUCAUUUUGACUUUUAUCAAAUAAUUCAUUAAAUAUUUAUUUAGGUUUAAUAGUAAACUGUUUGUUGAUUAAUUAAUUAUUAACGGCUUAUCAUGGCCUUAAUGCAUUAUAAAAGAUCACAAUAUAUAUAUAUUUAUUUUUAAACGCCAAUAUAUUUUAUUUGCUGUAUUAAAUGUGAACACGUUUAUUGUAUAUAAAUUAAUUCAUUAAUUUAAAAAAAAAAAAAUCUGCAAAAAUUGUUACUUAUUUAAGUAAACUAUAAAAGCUCAGAAAAUACCAUGAUAUUAUUUAUGAUAUUAUUUUUUUCUUAAGAUUUAAAUAAUUUUUACUUAGGCCGCAAGUAAAAAUCCCCAUUUUCCAAGCAUUUAUAAUUAUUUUUACCUCAUACUGAUUUUCAAAAAAUUUUUUGUUCCUUGGACUUGAUUACGAA